UAAUCACCUCACGUCUCUAGCUUCUGCUCUUCGCUCACUGGGGAUGAAUUAACUAUUGUCUUGAGCUUCUUGAACCUCAACCUAUCGCCUGGCUGGGAUCGCUAUGAUAGAUCGGUGACAACUAUAGCACGGCGACUGCCCCAACAGCCUCCGUCUUGGAAAGAAAAUAAAAAUGGCUGUGUCAUCUUCCCGAUCGAUGGACUACCUGGAAAGUUUGCCAGGAACUGUCUUCCGCAGACUCUACCAGCAGCCAUCCACGGCUCUAGCAAUCUUUCGGCGAAUGUUGCCGCACCUGGCAAAAUGUUUCGUCAUGGCGCUUCUCUACCUUAAGGAUCCGCUGCCUGCCGCGGAUCUAGAACUAUGGGUGAAGCCAGAGAGUAAACGCGAGAGAGACAACGCGCUAUCGAUCUUGGGCAGACUCCAUAUCCUGUCAAAUACUACUACCUCGGAUAAUGUCAGGGCAUAUACUGUUACGGAUCCCUUCGCAUCAUCGCUUCGACAGGCCCUUACAGGAGGGAAUAAGCAGCAGUCCUUUGGAGUUCCGUCCCUAACCGCUGAUGAAAACCCUAUGACCGUUGCUCUACUAGACGACUAUGCACGGAGUCAGUGGGAAGGCGUUCUGGGUUAUAUGGUUGGAACCAGCGCUCUGGGGGUACAGCAAGCAGUCACGCUAAGCAAGGGCGUAAAACAACUCCUCCAAGCCUGCCAUCUCGUUGAAAUCCGCGACCGAAGAGUCGAAAUCACAAAGGACGGCUUCGCCUUCGUCCUUCAGGACCUCAACACCCAAGUCUGGCACAUCUUAAUUCUCUAUGUUGAAAACGCGGAACAAAUAGGCAUGGACAGCGUCGAAGUCCUGUCUUUCCUCUUCGUCCUCAGCAGCCUCGAACUCGGCCAGUCAUAUGAAAAGAAACAUCUCACAUCGACCCAACUCAAGACCCUCGCAGACCUCACUGAUUUCGGCAUUGUGUAUCAGCAUCCCCCCCACCAAGAAGCAACUCGAUUCUACCCUACUCGCCUAGCCACAACCCUUACCUCCGACUCUAUCACCCUUGGCAGCUCCAUCUCCAGCAGCCUCACCGCACCCAGCGGAGGGCCCGCCGCAGUCUCCAAUGAGCCCGGAACAGGCUUCAUAAUUAUAGAAACCAACUACCGCCUAUACGCCUAUACAUCCUCCCCCCUCCAAAUAUCCCUAAUCUCUCUAUUCACAACUCUAAAAUAUCGCUUCCCCAACCUCAUCACGGGCAAAUUGACACGCCAAUCCAUCCGACGCGCCGUAGAAAUGGGCAUCACGGCGGACCAAAUCAUCUCCUACCUAACCACGCACGCCCACCCGCAAAUGCGCAAAUACCACGCGUCAAAAUCCGGCGCGAACCCCGCCGGCGUUCCAGCCGUUCUCCCGCCUACAGUUGUUGACCAGAUCCGUCUCUGGCAACUGGAGCGGGACCGGAUAAAAGCCACGCCAGGCUUCCUGUUUAAGGACUUCGUUAGUCUGGCGGAGUUUGAGGGCCCGUGUAGAUACGCCGAGGAGAUUGGGGUGUUGUUGUGGAAGUCAGAGAAGAGGCGGAUGUUCUUUGUCACGCGGCAUGAGCAGGUUGCGGCGUAUUUAAGGAGUAGGGCUGGAAGAACCUAGGUGAUUUCCAUACAGGUGGAGCUAAAAGAUAUCUUGAAGCUUUGAUUGUUUUCUUUAACGGGGAAUAAAAGCAAAAGCAAAGCCCAAUAGCACGAGAUCCACUCCAAUCUUUAUUAACCCAUGUCCCCUAGCUCUCAUUGCGUUUCGGGUCCGAACCAAAUAUGCGAAAUAAAAAUCCUGAACAUCACAAAGUAUUUCGUGAAUCGUCCAAUGAGGGGUAUUAGUUUGCAAAAGCAAAAAUCAACAGAAAUUUGGAAACCAAGAAAAAGAAACAAGAAACAAAUCGCACCACUCAAGCCAAACUCUUCCGAACCGUCCUAAACAUAUUCAUCAAUCCAAUCCCUCCGGCGCCGGCAAUACCACCGCCUGUCAGAGUCCCACCCUCACUCCAUUUCCGCUUCCUAUCAGCCACCUCCCUAUCCGAUAUGAGCGUGCCAUCACUUAGAUCCGCCGUACUAUCACGGUACCCCUGCUUACCUCCAGCAGCACGAGCAUCAGCACCAACACCAGCAUCACGCACGAACCACUUGGACCACCGAUUACCAAAACAUCUUGAAUAGGCGUCUCGAAAUUCCAGGAAGCUUACUCGUGCCUCAGCAGUUGAGCAGGCGUUUUCCAAAAAAUCGAAAGCGCGCUUGGCCCGUUGGUCGUUCAGGGUUGCGGUGGAGGAUGAAGUGAUAUAGUAGUAUGCUAGUGCAGCUGAACUGUCAUAUCCUGUGGCCGCGUCUGAUUCCUCUUUGAAUGAGUCUUCGUGGUGGAAGGCAUUGACCAAGGUGGAGAAGCGACCUAACCAAUACUGGCGUGGUUGGGCGGUGGUGACCUAGGGAAUCAAGGGGUUCCGUUGUUAGCGCGAUGCACAAGGUUGAGCCAUUACAAUUCUAGGGGUACGAAAAGAGGUACCCGACUUACGGUUUGGAUGUCAUCGCCAUUAUUAGGCGAGGGACACGGGGAGAUGAGUUCCUCCAUUGGGCGUUGCUCUCUCAAGUUCGUUGGCUGCUGUAAAUCCGAGACACAAGCAUCCUUUAUCGCAGCAUCUGGGGGGUUAUUUCGACCUCUAAAGCUCCUUAAAGAUGCUGUAUCUUCACAAUCAUUAAAGAUACUGUACUUGCUACGAGCAUUUCUCUGGUAUCGAUUAAUGAAGCUUUCGGUGGGUGCAGAGUAGCCAGGAAGUUUAGAAUAUGAUGCCAGGUUUAUAGCUGUCAGACUUUUUGGCAAUGAGCGCCCUUUUGGGCCCAAUAAUGGCUGUUGCUUGGGAGAAAAACAAUGCUGUGAUCCGAAGGAUCCAGCUGGCGGAUUAUUGGCUAUUUGUGCUAUUUGUGCGUUUGCUGCAUUUGUCGGUUUCUGCCGCAUUCCCCCUAUUUGCUUCUGCUGUUGAUGUUGCUGCUCUGGGCCUGAUUGUUCAUGUGAAGCCCUCUUGUUUUUUGAUCGUGAUUGGUGGUGCGACAAAGAUGAUCCAUGUCUUAGGCUACUAAAGGAAGAAAACGUGGUUGAUUUCGGAAGCGGGAGCCCCGCGUUUGUAUUUCUUCUAGGAUAUCUGUCUAGUUGGGGACUGGGCAAUGGAAUUCGUGACACCUGGGAUUGCGCUCUUCCCUCUUUUAAUGUCCCGCAUUUGACACGCUGUUUUCCUCCGUUUGUCUGACGUAGUUCAGAUGGGUUCUUAUGCGAGAUGCUUGGUUCCUCUGGUCCAGGUUGCUGGAGGUCCAUGCUCCCUGGCUUUCCGUUUAAACCCGGGCUAUCCUUAACGGAACUGGUUACUCCCAUCAAUGUUUGGGUUUGAUCCCUUGAAUUUGCCCAUGGUAUCAAUGAUGCCCUCCCCAUGGUGUGUGUUACGGGUGCCAUGGCCCCUUCAGAUCGCAACUGUGAAACUCCUGGGCUGGGUGGACAUGGGCUGCUCGUGAACGACGUUGCAGGGGUCGUACCGUAACUUGAAUCCCCGGCGUUUGUGUGACGUUGCCUGCGAUGAAAUGUAUUCCUUGCGAAGGCUUGGAGGGAUUUUGUUAGGGACGACUUACGUCGACAAUCCUGGGAAGCGCCGUUGUCUUUAGAAUUGCGAGGACAGGCAUAUAGAUGGGGGGAGGAGGAGGCAGGAUAUCGUGCCAGAGGCAUGUUUGUUUGGCUUAGGCGCAAGCACUCGAAGACCUUCAGGGUAUGUAUAUAUCUUGUUUACGUUAGAUGUAUGGGUGAGGAGGUUUGCUAUCAUCGGGAUCUUUAGACAGGUCGUAAGACUUUAGGGAGAAUAAUAGGACUAUAAACUCCAGAGAAAGAGAUAUGAUAUUGUUAGUUCAAAUAUAAACAUUAAACACAGAAAUGUGGAAUUGAAAGAAAAACAAAGUGUUAAGUGUUGUUGUGGACGUGAAAAUGAUAGAAGUCAUGUUCCUCUGGUAGACGUCCCAUAUUACUGCUUUAGGAAGUAUGUUUGGCUUCGUCUGACUUCCACCGUAGUUGGCAUCCUUACACCACAUAAUACAGACAAAAAAAGAGCACUAUUCACUGUGCUGUGCUCUUCAAUAAAAGAGCCAGAGUGACAAACAGUCCUAACCUAAAAUGGCACCCAAGAUAUAGGGAUGUGUGGAACUCCAACCCCUAUUCCGCUCCGACGACGAUAUCUCCCUCAGACACCUUCACGGCGCUACCACUCAAUUGGAUUUUAUCGACCUCUUUACCCCCAUCCUUUAACACAGCCUUCAGUCCAAUAUCACUCCUCCUCCCCAUCUCCACCCCCUGAACAACAUGGAACAACGUCUCCUUUUCGUUUCCACUCCCGGUCCCGCCUCCCUGCCCCGUAAGCACCAAGUAGGAGACAAGCCCACUCGCAGCGCUCCCAGUCGCCGGAUCCUCAGUAGUGUCAAAAAACAUGCGGCUGCGAAUCACAUUUGUCUUCCGCACCUCAUCCCAUACGUCUUUCACAAAGAAAUAUACAUGAAGGGGUAUUCCCGCGUCCCAGCCAGGGUCAAAAUAACCUCCCGCCUCCGUGCUUAUCGCAGGGAAGCUACAAUUUCCGCUGGCUACCGUUGCUGUAGCCAAUGCUUCCAAAUUGGGUAACUGGACAUGUGCAGCUGUCAUACCCUUAACAACCGAGACGAUAGGGAACCCGUCUGCGUGCGCACUGCCGAGAUAUGGUUCCAUAGAUGGAUGCAGUUUAAGCAGAUCCGCCAGAGCAAAUCUUCUCGAGUGGAUAUGCACGUUGUGCGGAAUGAACGCAGAGACCAUAGUGGGGUCCUCCGUGGAUAUGGAGACGUGGAUAUCUCCGGCCUUGGUGGUAAUAGUUGAUGGAGGAGCCUCAUUACUAUUACUUGACUUGGCGUGCUGCAGCAGCCAUGAUGUUGCGCCG